GUAAGAAAACAGGCGUUCGGUGUAGGAUGGACUAUAGAUUCUUUGACUGAAUGCGUUUGUACAUACACCGUAUAAUCAGCUAUAUAUUAAAAAUCGUAAGUUACAUAUUCUGGAAUGAAACAAAUAUAAACAACAAUAUCGUUAACCGCUAUCAAGACCGUAUCUCUGCACAAUGCAGAGUCAAAUGGGCGUUUGAAAAAAAUGUGGUUGAUUCCACGACUGUCUGUCUAAUGUCCCCGUCUAUAGGAGGACAGCCACUCCCGAUAUCCUUUUUUUCUGGAUAAUAUCCUUCUUGACCACCACAAAGAGGACCGCCACUUGCAGAUAAGUUUACUAAAUUUAAAGCUAGCACAUAACAGAGCUCCUUGGAAUAAUACAGCUGUGAUGACAUGCACUCAUGACUCACUGUCAAAACAAUGAUGAUAUUAGGUGUUCGCGAAAGAUGAGCAUAUCCUUCCCCACUGGUGACACCCGUCACGAGUACUUCCAUCCCAGUUGUGAAGUCCUUUACGACUUAUAAAACGACGAAAACAAAUGUGCAUGAGUUCAUCAAAAAGAUGAAAAGAUAUACUCAAGUUUAAAAUAUGGAAUAACACCAGCCAUAAUUUUUGUCAGUGAUGCAUCGCACGUCUUCAAACGUUUUAAUACACAAACUGUUGAAUUAUUCUGUCUGUUAUUAGGCUGUUAAAAUAACAUUUGUUCGUAACGUACUUGUUUCUUUACAGUUUGACACUGUCAGCCAAGAAUGUCGCCUCUCUUCAUUCUCCUGUCAUCCUGGCUUCUGUGCUGUGUACAGGGCUUUUACAUUGAAUAUGAAGGCGAGUUUGUGGAACUGCCAUUGCAUCAAUUUAGGCAAAAACGGGCCACAGGUGGUUUCAACCAAAGAUUUAACCCAAUGGCACAGAGUAGAUCGUCUUAUGCCAUCCAAAAUCCUGUAGGCAUUCAGCAAAGACCAUUAGCCAGAGCAUCUAACUACCCGCCGCCAACAAGUUCUGUUCAGAGCACGUUUGCAAUUGCUAAUCCAGUACCGGUUUCUGGUAGACAUCUGUCCAACUCACCAUUGCCAAUGGGCAGAUCCUCCAUACUGCAGAAUCAGAUGCUGCUACACCAGCAGCAUAGUCAAAACGUGUAUCCAGGUCAGGCCUUCCAAAACCAGCAACAGCCACAGCAUAAGGUUAUGCAGACCUUCCAAGCGCCACCGACUCCCUCCAUCUACAAUCCGACAAUGUUUAAUAAUGUUAAUCGUCAAGGCUCACUGCCAUUAGUACAAAGUGGAUCUCUGUCAGCAUUUGCACAGGCCGUGCGAAAUUCAAUGGCAAUCGCAAAUCCUGUACCUGGUGGCAACAAUUACAUGCAAAACCCGUGGAUGAAUCCGCAGAGGUCUAUGGCACGACAGAAUCCGCCGAACGCUCGUCUGGGAGCGGUCAUGCAAUAUCCGUACGUUACGCAACAGCCUUCAGGGCAAUUUAUUCAACCUUUACAGCAGACAGUGCAACGCGCCAACAGCAUGCCUAUGCAGUUUCAACUACCAACACUACAAAUGCAACAGCGUCAGCAUCAGCAGCAACAACAACGAAUACAGCAGCAGAAACAGCAGCAGCAACAAUUCAGAAAUAUGAUGACUCUGGCUAAUAUGGACCCACAAGUGGAGAUAACUCGCAUUCCACAAAACGAGUUUGGUCUCAGUUCCCAAGCGGCAGCUUCUCGGCCGUCGCUGCCCAAGCCUAACUUCAAUUCCUGGUUGCAGCAUUCGCCAAACGCCAGAUCCUUCCCUCAGCCUCAGAAUAAGCAGGUCAACACUAGACCUUUCACACCAAUUCGAAAACAACAGCUGAACCCACUGUCCUUCACACCAGUUCCAAAGCCAAAGUUGAACCCCAAAUCCAUCACACCACUUCAAAACAAAGAGCAAAAUCCUAGAUCCAUCAAACCACUUCAAUAUCAAGAGAUAAACCCCAAGUCGUCCACGCAGCAUCAUAAUCAGCAACUGAAUGAAUUGGGGCUCGUUCGAGAUCCAGCCUUUGAUUUGCAGUCAAUCCUCGGUCGAAAAUCCAAAACCAAUGCCAUUGGGACCAAACCACGGACGUCUAACCAACGACAACAGAUGCAAAACAACAUGUUAAGAAUCCAGAAGCCUAACCAACAACAACAGAUGCAAAACAACAUGUUAAGAAUCCAGAAGCCUAACCAACAACAACAGAUGCAAAACAACAUGUUAAGAAUCCAGAAGCCUAACCAACAACAACAGAUGCAAAACAACAUGUUAAGAAUCCAGAAGCCUAACCAACAACAACAGAUGCAAAACAACAUGUUAAGAAUCCAGAAGCCUAACCAACAACAACAGAUGCAAAACAACAUGUUAAGAAUCCAGAAGCCUAACCAACAACAACAGAUGCAAAACAACAUGUUGGGAAUCCAGAAGCCUAACCAACAACAACAGAUGCAAAACAACGUAUUUAGAAUUCAGCCCUCUAACCAACAACAAAGGAUGCAGAACAACAUGUUUGGUAUUCAGACCUCCAACCAACAACAACAACAGCUGCAGAACAACAUGUUGCGAAUCCAGACUUCUAACCAGCAGCGACAGAUACAAAGUAACAUUUUGGGUAUGGCGAACUCGAAUAGACAGUUACCACCACAGAAUAUCCCCCAGAAUCUAAACAAGCGGCAGCAGAUGCAAACCAACAUGUUUCAAAUCAGCAGCCCUAACAGGUGGUCGCAGAUGCAGAAUACUAUGUUAAGGAUGGUGAACUCCAACAGGCAGCGACAGACACCAACGUUAAUAAAUGGCCAACCCACUGCUCAGAGUGCCACGGUGAACCCGCUUUCGACUGGCCAACGCACAAUUGGCCUUUCGGCCCAAGCUUCUAUUCCACUUGCGCAGCAACAAGUCAUUGAUCAAAACCAGAUGCUGAUGCAACUGAGUAAGAACGCCAACGCUGGCCCUCAACAAACAUUCCAGCAGACUCUUUCAAACCAGCCAGGGUUAGGCAGUCAUUUUCAUCCAAUGAAUUAAAAUGUAUAACUGUAUACUUCUCAUAACAAUUGACUAUAUGACCAAAGACUGGCGUUCUUCUCCAGGAUGUUGAUGCUACGUUAACCUUGUGAAGAUAUUGAUGUUAAUCAGGAUUGAGUAUUACACUUUUAAAACGACUGUGAAUAAAACAUGCACUCAUACAUUACGGAAUAAGACCAAUGCUGUGUGAUUACAACAUAUCAGUGAAGUGUAUAAUAUUGAAUGUUUAACAAGAAAUAGAAACGUGAUGCACUUGGCAAUAUUUGCCACCACAUACAAGGUUUUUUUUUAUGUUUCCUUAUUCCGGUAUCUGGUAAUGUUUGGCUUUGGUUUUUCUGUUGUAAAUCUGCACAUUUGUUUUUGGUACCUUAUUUCUUGUUCUUAACAUACAGCUAAUAUAUAACAUAAAUCUUGUCUUAGACAUUAGCUCCGACGAGAAAUAAUAAUAAUAAUAAUAAUAAUAAUAAUAAUAAUAAUAAAAUAUAAAACGUCACAGUCUAUAGGAGUUCACAUUAUAUUGAAUGUCACAGCAUCCAAAAUGUCAAGAAUGCAGUAUUUAAAUAUAUAAAGCGCAAUAUUAUCUAAAACGCCACACUAAGACGUCACAAUAUAUAAACGUCACAGUAUAUAAAACGUCACGGCAUAUGAAACGUCACUGCAUCUAAAAUGUCAGACUAUGUAAGACUCCACUGUGAAUGAUAGUUUCCAAGCGAAAAGAUAUCACUAGUUCCCAAAAUAUUAAUGACAGCGCAAACUAACCUGGAUUAAGAUUCCUGCUUAAUGCAUGUUUCACUGAUGUAUCUAAUUAUAAACAUUUAUCCUUUAACUUCAUAGUGCAACAUUUAAUAAAACAUUUAUACCAUUAUAUUAGCCCAGCGGACAAGUGCUGAAAAUGUACAGAGAUAUCAAAAUAUUUGUAUAGGUUAAUAUAUCUUACCAAUAUCCAUAUUUUGGACUAAACGAAAAAUUAUAACAUUUCGCAGUUUUAAACAUGUUUCUAUAUUUAAGUAAUUAAUACAUCUACCUAGGUUUGGUCAGCAUGCAUUAUUUAUUAUUUCAAUGUAUUAAUAUCAGGUAAUCGUGCCCACGCAAUCAAAUCAGAAUUAUGAUGAUGCUACCUCAAAGCUGAACUAUUUUUUGUAUAACACUCCCGCUCCCUCUUAACAAAACCCCCACAGAAACUUUGGUUUAAAAAAUAAGAAAGUUAAGGCAUUUGUUAUAAGAUGAACAUUAUUCAUGCCUCUCCUGGAACAACUGUUAGUGCAUACAUAGUGGCUAAUCGCUAGAUUUAAAAUGCGUAGGUUUGGCAAUUAGCGAAUCCAGAGAAUGCAUAAAUGUUUAACGACACCCCAGCACAAAAACUAUAUUGGCUAUUGGGUGAGAUUGCAGAGAUGCUUAGAAAUAUAAAAUCAUGGAGUCUGCAUUUUGAAAAUUCCUUAACAAAAAUCUCAGUCUUAUAUAUUUUAAUUGUGUAAAUUGUAAGAAUAAAUUGAUAUGAUUUUGCACAACAAAUCUUCCAUAAUUGGUUUGAUCAGUGGUUUUAUACAUGAAAUACCAAAUCAUUUGUUUUAUCAUGUUCAUUGACAUAUGAAAUUUACUAUUGUAAGCGAAAUUAACCGCUAUAUAAUCGCUAUGACUCUUGUGCCAAAUAAAGAGAUACUUUGGUUUCAUUUGUAAAACUACAAAUACAAAUGUACACCAUUUAAUAAUAAUGUUCACUCAUGCAUUGUUUUGUCAAAUAUGUUCCAUGGAAUCUGUGUCGUAGAGAGUUAUGAAUUUGUUAUAUUCAUGUUGGAAUUUUUGUGCAUUUUUCCAUAUGAAAAAGUGGUUAACAUUUAAGUUCUUAGCACAAAAGGACAAACAACCAUGUUGAUCAUACAUGUGUAUGACAAAGAAAUAUAUUACCGGUGAUGCGAGGAAUACUCAGUUUAUUGCCUCUUUGCAAACGUGUUCUUGUAAUUGUGUGUUGGUGUUAUCGCAUGGCGGUUCAGUUGGGCUGAGAUGGGGAAGGGAGACAAAUACUUAAAUUGUACAAAGUUUUAUGGAUAGUUAGUAUUCUUAUUGUAAUCUAGAACUGAUAUAUCUCAGGUAAAAAACAAAACAAUAAUUUAUUGCAGUGCUAGUAGUCAUGGUCAUAGGGUGUUAAAGUACACUUAGAGCAAGCUGUUGUAGCGCACGUCUGUGAUGGGCGCAGGUGUCGACUUCCGCCGGCUGCUCCAUCCAGGACAGGAACGUGCUAGUUGGUGUGGGUGUGGGCAAUGUUUGGCAUUCUUUCAUCAGAGAACUAUUCAAGCACACCUGUCGUGGCCACAACUUCUGACUUGGCCAGAGAGUUCUGUCCAUGACAGGCGUGCUAGUGGUUGUUCUGAAAGUAAUUAUAUGUCUAGGGUAUCCUCGUGGAGUGGUAGGGAUGUGCUAGAUUGAAGUGGAGUAAGAAUUACUUCGUCCAGUUCCCUUCAGUCAAACAAAUUCGAUAGUUAGUAAUAUAAUUGUGCUAAUUUUUCAUUAAAAUAUCGGGUGAUUCAAAAACAAAACUUUCCAUGUUUAACGUUGAAUAAAGAAACAGUAUUGGCACAAAAUCUAUGUUGUCUCUUGAUAAACGUUUCACUUUGAACUAUAACUUACUUUUAAAAUGAUCCGGACAAAAAUUAAUGUUAAAAUUCUAUUCCAUUGAAAAACAACUGUACAUACUAAAAACAACGGUCCAAGAGUUCCUUACUUCCUCGAAAGUUAUCCCAUCUCCGUAACGACCGCUGUCGAUUUGGAAUGGAAUGGAAUUGAAUGGAAAAUUGUUUAACGUGCAAAUUCAGAGCAAGCUGUUGUAGCGCACGCCUGCCCUGGGCACAAGUACCGGUGUCAGCCGGUUCUUCCGUCUAGAACAGGAAAGGGUUGGGGUGGGUGAAGAAGGGACCGCCUGCACUGACAGGUGCAAGGGAGCACCAGCAGUCCAACCGUAGUCGGUAACAGGCGGGAGGUGGUAUGGUGCUAUGUAAU